AUGGGUCAAAAGCGAAAACGUGUUUGGACGUUCACAAGCUGCUGCCAUCGACGCCAAGAGACUCAUUAUGCCGACAAUGAACGAGUCAAGGUUAGCGUGGUACGAACAGGAUUAGAGCAACGACUGAUUGCCUUGGUGCCUGCAAUCAAGGAAGUGUACAUGCCGUGUCGGACAUCGUACCUGGACGCAACAGGCCAAUGGAACAUCUCCUGCUAUGCAGAAUUAGAUGACCUUCCAGAUGCGAUGGUCCCUGGCGCGGUUGUACACCCCCCCAUGGCUGUGGUACUGCAACCAUUGUUGGACGGAUUGACGGAACGGUUGUGCACAUGGUGGCUGGCGCGCCAUCCGGAGUUCAGUGCUUUCGAGUUGCAUCGUGUGCAAACAUUCGUCACCCGCUACAGCGUCCAUCGUGGAGAGACACACCUCACUCGGCAUGUGGAUGGGCCGCAUGUUGAUGCGUCCUUCAUCUUGCAAUUGCAUAGUGAAAGAUUCACCGGCGGCGGUGUGAGAGUCUGGGAUUCAGAAAACAGUCGUGACUACACGGAUUAUGCUCUUGAAACUGGUGAUUUGUGCAUGUUGGAUCAUCUGGUAUGGCAUCAAUCGCUUCCGGUCACAAGCGGGGAGCGGUGGGUGCUUGUUGUCUUUUGCCAAAAACGGCCCAAGCGGCCAAAGCAACAUGUGGCCCACGCAGAAAGGAGCACUGCCAGGUGUCAAAAAGCUAUUGCUUUGGCAACUUCGGCAGCGCAUGCAACGUGUACAAUCGACGAGGAGCAGGCGCAAGCACUGGCACACAUGCUGUCAUCAAGCGGCAUGGACGAACGGGAACGUGCGGCUUUCACAGUGGGCUGCCUGGCGGCUAGCAGUGCUUCCAAUCAAACAACCAUCGUGGAUUCUGGAGCAUUGCCACUGCUGGUGAACAUGCUGAGAACACCAGCUCCCCCACUCAGUAAAGAGCGUGGUUGGGCCGCCGCUGCCUUGGCGCGCUUGGCUACAAACAACUCUAGGAAUAAGGCCAUGAUUGCAGGUUUGGGUGCUAUUCCGACGUUGGUGGAAAUGUUGUCUUCUGAGCAGGAUUUGGAGGCCGAAGAAGCCGCAUCGGCGUUGUGCAAUCUGUCGGCGAACAACGAAGCGAACAAGCACUUGAUCAGCAUGUCUGGUGCCGUGUCGGCGCUGGUGAAGUGUUUGGAAGGGGCCAAGCCGAAGCAACGCAUCUGGUCUGCCUGCACGUUAUCCAACCUCGCGACUGAUCCGGUGGUUUGUCGUCAGAUAUGGCGCGCAGGCGCGAUCGAGCGACUGGUGCAUCUGCUGCAUUCAGACACAAGCAAGGAGCGCCGCCGAGCAGCGGCCGCGCUGGCAUCGUUGGCCAGAGGCGAGCCCAGCACCCAUUCGGCCAUUUCGGCUGCCGGAGUUCGUCCCGUGUUGGAAGCUAUGCUCCGAGACGCUGAGGAGAGCAUCGAGGCUACGUCUCUGCUGGAGGUUUUGCGAUGCCACGGUGAGAAAGCUGGUCCUGAGCAUUGA